AUGUAUGUGUCUGUGGCAGGCGCAUGCCCUCUGCCCGACGCUAGCGGCCACUUCCGCGUCGCCGCCUCCACCGCCGCCGCCACCGCUGCCACCAUGCCCGGGGGCGGGCGCGUCGCUGGCAAGAUCGGAAUCAUCUCUUCUUUCGGCAACACGAUCUUUCUUUCCAUUGUAGGGAAAAGGGACCUAACUGAGUUCACAACGAGCAAAAUUGCUCACCCAGUUUUUCCUGUGAAACAAAUGUGA